AUGUACGUGAUGUUCAUCGACGCCCUCCUUCAGCUUGCCUCAUUGAAGCCACACGAGGAUUUAAUGAAGGAAGGUUUGUUGACAAAGUUUGCGAUCGGUUUAGGUCAGGUCAUCUUCGUGUCCCACCAAUGGCUCUCGCGUUCGCAUCCUGAUCCAUCUGGUGCCCAAUUCAAGGCCUCAAGAGGGAAAGGGAGGGAAAGGGAAAAGGUCUGGAGAAGUCUAGAGCACAGCUGUGAGGAGUUUAGAGGGCCGUGGCUGAAACUCUGCCGCAAGGUUUCGAAGACAGAGCUCCUCUCCUUCGUGGGUCUUCCCUGGGUCCUCCCUCUGGUUCUCCAUUCUUUUCUUUGCCUUUGGAGUUUGCAUACAGUGAGAAGGGAGAAGCCUUGA